GGUCGUCACUCGGUCACUCUCCAUCUCAGCUCCUUCUUCUCCCUUCCUCCUCAUCUCACGGUUCGAUUCCAGCCUCACCCUCACCUCCGUAUCGCUCGCGUGGAUGUUACCCGCGGAGGGCCAGCACCGAGCCGAUUACCAGCCGGCUGUGAUCGUGGGCGCGGGCCGGUGGCCAGCCUGCGCGAACUGGUUGCUGCGCGGAGGGAGCCGGCGGAGGUGCUGCGUUGUUUGAGGGGCGAGACGGAGCGAAGGGAAAAGGAGCUCGAGACCGAGAGCCCUGCGAGUGCGCACGAACGCCACGGACAGCGACAGCUCGAGGCCGAGUGCGGCCGGAGCUUUGGGCCGAGACCGAGAGUCCCUGAAAGUGGACGAGGGUGUCUGACAACGACCGCUCGGAGUCCAAGCGCGAGGCCCGAGUCUUCCCCACCCGAAGCUUCCAACGGCAGCCGCUCGAGCUCGAUCGCAAGGCUCGCGAGAGCAGCGGCACCAACUCGAGGCCGCGGAGUUAACCGUCAGCCGAGCGAGGCCGCCAUCAUCCGUUCCCUGGUCUCAGUAACAACAGCAACACGGUGGCGGUGGCAGGGCCGGAGGGUCAGCCGAGAGCUGCGGGCGGCGCCAUGGGCCCGGCCGGCGAGUUCAUCCCGCCGCCCGAGUGCCCGGUGUUCGAGCCCACACCAGAGGAGUUUGCCGACCCGUUCAAAUUCAUCGACAAAAUCCGGCCCAUCGCUGAGAAGACGGGCAUCUGCAAGGUCCGCCCGCCGCAGGGUUGGCAGCCACCUUUUGCCUGUGAUGUUGAUAAGCUACAUUUUACCCCACGAAUUCAGAGAUUGAAUGAACUUGAGGCUCAGACCAGAGUAAAACUCAACUUUUUGGACCAGAUAGCAAAAUUCUGGGAACUACAAGGUUCAACGUUAAAAAUUCCACAUGUGGAGAGGAAGAUUUUGGAUUUGUUUUUACUCAACAAGUUGGUUGCAGAAGAAGGUGGUUUUGAAAUGGUCUGUAAAGAGCGGCGCUGGUCCAAAAUAGCGCACAAAAUGCAGUAUCCACCUGGAAAAGCUUUGGGGUCACUACUUCGAUCUCAUUAUGAACGAAUUCUGUACCCCUAUAACCUCUUUCAAUCUGGAGCCAGCUUAUUGUGUGUACAAAAGCCAAGUCUGAUUAAUGAUGAAAAAGAUCAAGAAUAUAAGCCACAUGAUAUAGUUCAGAGACAGUCAGUACAGUCCUCAGAGAUGGCUGUACCAGCACGCCGUGCAAAACGUAUGCGAUCAGAGGUGGGAGACAUAAAGACAGAGCCUAGUGAUAUCACUGAGGUUCCUGCUCAUGACUUGAGACCUAAAACAAGGAGUGGAUCAAUGAAAUGCGAAAGUGAGAAAUACAGUAUGACUGGAGUGAAGAAGGAGGGAAGUGAGAUUCGUACCAAUGAUCCAGAGCGAAGCAGGAUACUGCGGAACAGCAGAACUACUGUUCCCUCUAAUAUUGUGGACUUGUAUGUUUGCCUGAUCUGUGGACAAGGUAACGAAGAAGAUCGUCUUCUGCUCUGUGAUGGCUGUGAUGACAGCUACCACACUUUCUGUUUGAUUCCUCCCUUACAUGAUGUUCCCAAGGGUGAUUGGAGGUGUCCAAAAUGUCUGGCUCAGGAGUGCAGCAAACCUCAGGAAGCCUUUGGGUUUGAGCAGGCUCCGAGAGACUACACACUCCGUGCAUUUGGAGAAAUGGCAGAUGCUUUUAAGUCAGACUACUUCAAUAUGCCAGUUCAUAUGGUUCCAACGGAGCUGGUGGAGAAGGAGUUUUGGCGCUUGGUCAGUACCAUUGAAGAAGAUGUUACAGUGGAGUAUGGAGCUGACAUCGCUUCGAAGGAAUUUGGUAGUGGCUUCCCCAUCAAAAAUGGCAAGGUUAAAUUGCGACCCGAUGAGCAGGAGUACCUGGAUUCGGGGUGGAAUUUAAACAAUAUGCCUGUACUGGAGCCUUCAGUCCUGACACACGUCAGUGCAGAUAUCUGUGGAAUGAAGUUACCGUGGCUCUACGUGGGAAUGUGCUUCUCUUCCUUCUGCUGGCACAUUGAGGAUCACUGGAGUUAUUCAAUCAAUUAUCUACACUGGGGAGAGCCUAAGACAUGGUAUGGAGCACCAGCAUGCGUGGCAGAACAGCUGGAGAGUGUCAUGAAGAAACUGGCGCCUGAGCUGUUUGAAUCCCAGCCUGACCUUCUGCAUCAGCUGGUCACCAUCAUGAAUCCUAACACUCUGAUGGCUCACGGAGUGCCAGUUUAUCGAACUAAUCAGUGUGCAGGAGAGUUUGUCAUCACAUUUCCGAGAGCCUAUCACAGCGGUUUCAAUCAAGGAUUUAACUUCGCAGAAGCAGUGAACUUCUGCACGAUGGAUUGGCUGCCAAUGGGCCGUCAGUGUGUGGAACAUUAUCGUCUCCUGAACCGUUACUGUGUUUUCUCUCACGAUGAGAUGAUUUGUAAGAUGGCAUGCAAGUCCAAGGAUUUGGAUGUAGUUUUGGCAUCUGCUGUUUAUAAAGAUAUGAUCAUUAUGAUAGAUGAGGAGAAGAAAUUAAGGGAGGCAGUUCGCAAAAUGGGAGUAAUUGAUUCUGUGAGGGAGAAAUUUGAGUUAUUGCCGGAUGAUGAGCGACAGUGUGCAAAGUGCAAGACUACUUGCUUCUUGUCUGCAGUUUCAUGCCAUUGUAAAUCAAAUCAACUUGUUUGUCUGUACCACGUCACCGAACUCUGCUCGUGUCCACCACAUAAAUGUCAUCUCAGAUAUCGUUACACCUUGGAGGAUCUCUAUCCUCUUCUGAGUGAAUUGAAAUUGCAUGUAGCAGUGUAUGAUGAAUGGUCUUCCAAAGUAACUGCUUGUCUGGAAGCUAAAGAUAAUGAAAAGAAAAGUAUCUCUGAUUUCAAAUCAUUGUUGAAGGAAGCAGAGAAGGAAAAAUUUCCAGAAAAUGAUUUAUUGAAACAGUUGCGGGAAGCUAUUGUUGAGGCAGAAAAGUGUGCCUCUGUUGCUCAGCAACUACUUAAUGAUAAACGGCAAACCAGGUACCGUUCUGGUGGAGGAAAGUCCCAAAAUCGUCUGACAUUUGAAGAGCUUCAAGCAUUUGUUAAGCAGCUCUAUGGCCUUCCCUGUAUCAUUGAUCAGGCUUCCUUACUAAAGGAACUUUUAAACUCUGUGGAAGAUUUUCAGCUACGCUCCGCAAAAGUUCUUGCUGAUGAAGUGCCUAAUACCUUUGAGCUGCAGCAACUGUUGGAUAUCAGUUUUGGGUUUGACAUCGAACUACCACAGAUCCAGUACCUUCGAGAGCACCUAGAGCAGGCCCGGUGGCUUGAUGAAGUUCAGUUAGCUUACUCUGCACCUGAGUCUUUCGCUUUGGAUGACAUGAGGCGGCUGAUUGACUCGGGGGUAGGACUAGCACCUCACCCAGCUGUAGAGAAGGCCAUGGCUCACCUUCAGGAGCUCCUCACAGUUUCUGAACAUUGGGAGGAGAAAGCUCACAAUCUGCUGAAAUCUAGGCCACCAUACUCUUUGACAACUCUAUCCGCUGCCUUGGAAGAAGUGGAAAUAAUUCCUGCUUAUAUUCCCAGUGGCAUUGCAUUGAAGGAGGCUGUAAAGAAGGCUGGAAUCUGGCUUCAGGAAGUGGAGACUUUUCAGAGUUCUGACCAACCUCCCCCGUUUGAAACCCUGGUGGAACUUGUGUCACGAGGCCGUGUAUUCCCAAUACAGCUGGAUCCACUUCCUCAACUUGAGUCCUUGUUUGAAGAUGCUGAGAAUUGGAAAGAAAGUGCAGCUAAAAUAUUUCUGACCAACUCUACCUGCUCCCUUUAUGAAGUGCUGUGUCCCAGGUCAGAUAUUUAUGCAACUGGACUGAAAAAGAGAUCCAAGAAAUCCAAAGAACAUUUUCAGAGCUGGAAAGGGAAAAGUCCAAAGCUGGAAAACGUAAGAUGUUUCAAUGAAGCCAGACUGAAAGAACUGGAAUUCUUUCGUUCCCUCCAAAUAUCAAACUCCAUGAAGUAUCUUUCCGAUACAGAUUGUUUAGAAAUGAAAAUGUGCAUUUGUCAGAAAGGUCCAUCUGGUUCCAUGCUGCAGUGUGAGCUUUGCAUGGACUGGUUUCAUAACAGCUGUGUCUCAGCAGCUGGUAGCUGCCAUGGGGAAGAACCUUGGCUCUGCCCACUGUGUCUACGCUCAGAAAAGCCAUCCUUGGAGAAAAUCCUCCCACUCCUCUCAAAGCUGCGAGAGAUUCCAGUCAGACUGUCAGAGGGUGAAGCACUAAAUUAUGUUUUUGAGCGAGCUAUGAAUUGGCAACAACGGGCAAAGCAGCUUCUCAGCACAAAUGAACUGCAUUUGGCCCCAAUCACCUCACAAGUAGCAACCCAGCGUUGGCCAGGUAUUACAAAACAAAUGGCUGCUAAUGAAUUAGAAAAGCGGAUAUCUGAAUGCAACUUGCAGGUGAAUUCUGGCAAAGAGGUUAAGUAUUUUACUGCAGUUUGUAAUAGGAAUCUUUCACAAAAAGAAGAGAAGAUAGGAGGUUCCAGACCUUCAUGGCAGAAGAACAUCCCAUCUCAAGGGCUGUGCCUGCCUGCUGAUGUGAGAUCUCAACUUGAUGAACUGAUGAUGGAGGCUCUAUUAAUGCAGGUGGCUCUGCCCGAGAUGCAACACAUUUAUCAGCUUUUAUGGUUAACUCAGUCCCUUGCAGCAGAAGAUCUCCAGCAACAAUCUGAGCAACUGAACUUUGAACAACUGGAGGUUAUGCAGUGUCUUGCAGAAGUUUGUGAUACUUCAGCAACUGAGGGUGAAAGUUGCUGUUUUAACCCAGUGAAAACAGAAGAAAAUUGUGAGAGAAAGAAGAGACGGAUUGAAAAGGAUAAUGCAGUUGGUGAAAAGAGAGAAAAAUUGAAAAAAUUCAGUAACCCAAAACAGCGAGGUCUGAAAUUAACCCAGAAAAGGUCAAAAAAUGUGAGCGUUGGACGGAUGGAUGCAGAGCAUUGUUUUGAAUUUCUCCAUUCGAGUGAAGAACCAUUAGUGAUGAUGGAAUCUGCAUAUUCUGAACCAGAGGACUCUGAAGAUGAGGAUGCAAUCUGCCCUGCAGAAAGUUGCCAGCAGCCAGAGGGGGAAGAGGUUGACUGGGUCCAGUGUGAUGGCAGCUGCAACCAGUGGUUCCACCAGAUCUGUGUUGGUGUGUCCUCAGAAACGGCUGAAAAGGAGGACUAUAUCUGCAUCAACUGUACUAUAAAAGACCAGGUCAACAGGAAUCAGAUCGGCCAAGGCUAGCCUUUGGCAGAAUGGUGGCAAUUCCAAAAGUCCACCAGAAGCAGCAGAUUUGAUAGCUCUACAACACACAUGGUGCUAUAAUCUCUACUCAUGGGAUCAUCUGUGAGGACUCUCAAACUUUUCCACCUUUGUAUCUUCUCAUUCUUGUAUGAACUUUUUGUCUGUUGUUGUGAAAAUGUAUGAUGCUGACUACACCCCAGGGGUUUCUACCCAUUGCAAAAACAAUUGGUUCUUUUUGUAUAAUACCCUUAAUUCAGUUUGCAAUUUCGCUCUGUCUCAUCUCGGUCUCAUUGGGUCUUAACUCACAGUCACCAAAUACAAAUAUUUUUUACAUAGGGCCCUCUGUUUAGUUCAGGCAUCUUUAUCUUAAAGAGAUUCUGAUUUGUUUUGAAGGUUAGUUUUAUUUAUCUCAGCAAUAACAAUUUUUGUGAGUUAAAGGACCUGGUAUGGUUAAGAGAGUGUUGGUUAUUGUACAGAAUGGAGGUGUUUAGGUUCCUAGUGGCACGGGAUAUUAGAGAUAGACAACAGAGAGGUCUGUAAACUUACUGCCUACGCUGUACUUUGGCUUUUUUUGGUAGCUUGUAUCUAAUGUUAAAGUCUCCUUUGUGAAAUAAACCUUUGGUUACAAAUAAGUAUUUCGGACUGUAAUUCGUUAGGCGCCACUUGAAAAAUAUUGUAAACCAGGGACUCUCCUGUGCUUUUUUUUUGCACCAAGCCAAUCUUGACUAGGAGGUAAGUGGCUGAUUCAUUGACUUAUUGGGAUCUCAGUGAAGCCCUCACUGUAUGGUGAGAUGUGGAGUUGUGGGCCUAUUGGCAGAGAUCUGAGAAUCGGUCAGCUGCUGGUCCACUUUCCACAAAAAGUGAGGGUAAAGUUGGAAUGCUGGGGAUAAAAGAUAAUGUUGCCCAUUGUCCUGUUCUGAUACAAUGUGUGAUUACUAAUUUAUGACCUAUCUCUCACUCCUUGUCCUUAAUUUUAACAAUUAAUUGGCAAUAAUCUAACAAUUUUAGUUUAAAGAAUAACAAGUUACUUCACAGCAAUUAGGAUUUUGUAACAGAAAAUUGUUUCUUAGCCUUCUGAUUAAUUCUGUAUUCACCAAAUAUAUUUUAAUUAAUGUGCUAUGUGCAAUCUUUGUGCCUUCAGAGAUUUUAGCUUUUCAUAUUUGUAAUUAGACCAUAGGACCAUAAGAUAUAGGAGCAGAAUUAGGUCAGUUGACGCAUCAAGACUGCUCUGCUAUUUCAUCAUGGCUGAUUCGAUUUUCCUCUGCCCCAAUUUCCUCCCUUCUCCCCAUAUCCCUCCAUGCUCUGACCAAUCAAGAAUCUAUCAACCUUUACCUUAAAUAUACAUAAAGACUGGCCCUCCACAGCUGCCUGUAGCAAAGAAUUCCACAGAUUUACCACUCUGGCAAAAGAAAUUCCUCCUCAUCUCCAUUCUAAAAGGGCAUCCCUCUAUUCUGAGGCUAUGUCCUCCAGUCUGAGGCUCUCACACCAUAGGAAACAUCCUCUCCAUGUCCACUCUGUCAAGGCCUUUCACCAUUUGAUAGGUUCCAAUGAGGUCACCACUCAUUCUUCUGAAUUCUAGUGAAUACAGGCCCAGAGCCAUCAAACCCUCUUCAUAUGACAAGCCAUUCAAUCCUGCAAUCGUUUUUGUGAACCUCCUUUGAACCCUCUCCAGUUUCAGCUCAUCCUUUCCAAGGUAAUGGGCCCGAAACUGCUCACAGUACUCCAAAUAAGGCCUCAGCAGUGCUUUAAGAAGACUUAUUACAUCCUUGCUUUUCUAUUCUAGUCCUCUUGAAAUGAAGAGAUUGGUCCCAACACAGAUCCCUGUGAAACACCACUAGCGGCCAACCAGAAAAGGCUCCCUUUGUUCCCAAAACUGCUCACAAUACUCCAAGUGAGGCCUCAUCAGUGCUUUAUAAAGUUACAUUAUAUCAUUGCUUUUAUAUUCUAGUCCUCUUGAAAUGAAUGCUAACAUUGCAAUUGCCUUCCUCACCACAGACUCAACCUGCAAAUUAACCUUUAGGGAAUCCUGCACAAGGACUCCCAAGUCCCAUUGUGCCUCAGUCUUUUAUAUUUUCUCUCCAUUUAGAAAAUAGUCAACCCUUCAUUUCUUCUACCAAAGUGCAGGACCAUACACUUCUCAACACUGUAUUCCAUCUGCCACUUCUUUGCCCAUUCUCCUAAUCUGACUGUACUUCUGUAGCCCCUCUACUUCAAAACUACCUGACCCUCCAUCUAUCUUCAUAUCAUUUGCAAAAAAGCCAUCAAUUCCAUCAUUCAUAUCAUUGACAUAUAAUGUAAAAAGAAUUGGUCCCAACAUAAACCCCUGUGGAACACUUCUAGUCACCAGCAACCAACCAGAAAAGGCUCUUUUUAUUCCUACUCUUUGCCUCCUGCCAGUCAGCCACUGCUUUAUCCAUGCUAGAAUCAUUCCUGUAAUACCAUGGGCUCAUAGCUUGUUAAGCAGCCUCGUGUGGCAUCUUGUCAAAGGCCUUCUGAAAAUCCAAGUACCCAGCAUCAACCGAUUCUCCUUUGUCUAUCCUGCUUGUUAUUUCUUGAAAGAAUUCCAAUAGGUUUGUCAGGCAAGAUUCUCCCUUGAGGAAACCAUGCUGACUAUGGCCCAUUUUAUCAUGUGCCUCCAAUCACCCUGAGACCUCAUCCUUAAUAAUCGACUCCAACAUCUUCCCAACCACUGAAAUCAGACUUAACUAGCCUACAGUUUCCUUUCUUCUGCCUCUCUCCCUUGAAGACUGGAGCGACAUUUGCAAUUUUCAGUCUGGAAGCAUUCCAGAAUCUACUUUUUUUUUGGCGUGUGCAUGUGCGCGUCUACGUGCGUCUGUCCGUCAUGAUGUCUUUUUCAUGGCUUUUACAAGGCGCGGAGCGGGAGAGAGACUGUGUGGCACGCCACUCCUUAUACAGACAUUUUCGCAGUAUUUUCCCUUUAUUUUACGAGGUCGAGUUGCGAUCUCGACACUCAACCUGGCACGGAUGGAAAGCGUACUCGGGAGCGGACCCGACUGGUUUCAAACCCAGAACCUCGGCUCCCGGGUCCGGCGCUGAUGUCGUUGCGCCAGUAGCUGGCCCCCAGAAUCUACUUAUGCUUGAAAGAUCAUUACCAAUGCCUCCAUAAUCUCUUCAGCUACCUUUUUCAGAACCCUGGCAUGUAUGUCAUCUGGUCCAGGUACCUUCAGACCUGUUUCCCUGGAACCUUCUGUUUAGUAAUGGUAACUUCACAAACUUCAUGCCCCCUGACACCUGCAACUUCCAUCAUACUGCUUGUGCCUUUCACAGUAAAGACUGGUGCAAAAUAUUUAUUCAGUUCAUCUGACAUAUUUUGACCUCAUUAUUGCCUCUCCAGCAUCGUUUUCCAGUGGUCCGAUAUCCAUUCUCGCCUCUCUUUUACACUUUGUGUAUCUAUAAGAAGCUUUUAGUAUCCUCUUUAAUAUUUCUGGUAGCUUUAGUUUCAUAUUCCAUCUUUACACUCUUGAUGACUUUUUAGUUGCCUUUUGUUAGUUUUUAGAAGUUUACCAAUCCUCUAUUUUUUGUUCUAUUAUCUGCCCUCUCUUUGGCUUUUAUGUUAGAUUUGACUUCUCUUUCUCUUCGUAGCCACGGUUGUCAUCUUUCUUUUUAAAUACAUAUUCCUCUUUGGGAUGUGCCUAUCCUGUGCCUUCAGAAUUGUUUCCAGAAAAAAAAUCAUCCAUUACUGCUCUGCCGUCAUCCCCGCCUGUGUUCUUUUCCAAUGAGUUCUGGCUAGCUCCUCUCUCAUGCCUCCAUAAUUCCUUUACUCCACUGUAAUACUAAUACAUCUUACUUUAGCUCAAAUUUCAGGGUGAAUUCGAUCAUAUUAUGUUCACUUUCCCCAAAGGGUUCUUUUACCUUAACACUCUAAUCAAUUCUGGUUCAUUAUAUAACCCCCAAUCUAGAAUAGCUGAGCCCUAGUGGGCUCAACCACGAGCAGCUCUAAAAAGGCAUCUCGUAGACAAUCUAUAAGUUCCCCCUCCUGAAAUUGUACACUCAUCUGAUUUUUCCCAAUCUACCUGCAUAUUGAAGUCCUACAUGAUUAUUAUAACAUUGCCCUUUUGGCAUGCAUUUUCUAUCUCCCGUUGUAAUUUGUAAGCCACAUUCUUACUACUGCUUGGCAGGGUCUGUAUACAACUUGCAUUAGAGUCUUUUUACCCUUACAGUUCCUUAGCCCUAUCCACAAUGAUUCAACACCUUCCUACCCUAUGUCACCUCUUUCUAAUUUCAUUUUUUACCAACAGAGCAAAGCCACUCUCUCAGCGUGCCUGACUUCCUUUCAAUACAGUGUGUAUCCUUGGACAUUAACUCCCAGCUAUAAUCUUCUUUCAGCCAUGAUUCAUUGAUGACCACAAUAUCAUACCUGCCAAUCUGCAACUGUGCUGCAAGUUUAUUUACCUUAUUCCAUAUUCUGCCUGCAUUCAAAUGUAAUACCUUUAGUCCUGUAUUCACCUUUUUUGAUUUUGUCCACCUUUUAUGUUGCAACUCAUUCUGUUGACUACAUUUGCAUUAUCGAUAACCUCUCCUCACUACACUGCCUCUGUUUCUAAACCAGUUAUCUCAUCAUCAGUACUAUUAUCUGCUUUUUCUAUGAUAGUUCUUGAAUUGAAACGUAUUGAGCUCAUAAAAGUAUUUGCACCAUGCUCAACUUUUUGAUUCCUAACAUCUGCCUCCAUAACCUCUCCACUAACUGUUCUGACUACGGUUCCCAUCCCCCUGCAAUGCUGGUUUAUUCCCUACUGUGCAGUGUUAACAACCCUUCCCAUUAUGAUAUUAGCCCCCCCCCUCCAGUUCAAGUGCAAACCAUCUGUUCUGUACACAUCCUACCUUUCCUGGAAGAGGGCCUAAUAAUCCAAAAAUCGUAUGCCCUUCCUCCUGCUUAGCCACGUCUUAAAAUUGCAUAAUCUUCCUAGUUCUAGCCUCACUGGCACAUGGCAUGGGUAGCAAUCCUGAGAUCACGAUCCUGGAAGUCCUGCCUUUUAACUUAGCACCUAACUCCUUGAACUCCCUAUGUAGAACCUCGUCACUCAUCCUACCCAUGUUAUUAAUACCUACAUAGACCACAACUUUUGGAUGUUCACCUGGUGAGGUUGUAUAAGGCAUUGGUGAGGCCGAAUCUGGAGUAUUGAGUUCAGUUUUGGUCACCAAAUUACAGGAAGGAUAUAAAUAAGGUUGAAAGAGUGCAGAGAAGGUUUACAAGGAUGUUGCCGGGACUUGAGAAACUCAGUUACAGAGAAAGGUUGAAUAGGUUAGGACUUUAUUCCCUGGAGCGUAGAAGAAUGAGGGGAGAUUUGAUAGAGGUAUAUAAAAAUUAUGAUGGGUAUAGAUAGAGUGAAUGCAAGCAGGCUUUUUCCACUGAGGCAAGGGCAGAAAAAAA